AUGGCGCCCCUGGUGAUAGCAUUUUUCUACGAAAGCAUCUCCCUUUAUCGGUCCCGCGGAUACAGUGUCGAAGAGUGUGUAGAGCUGGACCAGGAUGAAACCAUUGAAGCCAUUGCGCAAUCCCUCCGAAGCAAUGGCUACGAAGUAGUCCUGGUAGGUGAUGUCAAGGAACUGGUGAAUCGUAUCGCCAAGGGGGAACAUGAGAAGUGGGACCUAGCUUUUUCAAUCUCCGAGGGGAUGCAUGGGGUUGGCCGUGAAGCUCAAGUGCCCGGUCUACUAGAGGCGUAUCGCAUUCCGCAUGCGUUAUCGGAUGCAGCAACGUUGGCUCUGUGUUUGGAUAAGGGGAAGACGAAGAUGGUUCUUGAGCAUCAGGGUAUCCCGACUGCACCCUUCGCCGUUGUCCCAGCACUGUGGACUCCCAACGGUUCGACGGCAAAGACGGUCUCGCAGCUUUUGGAAAAAAGUAUCCAUGCUGAAGAACUCAAAGACUUCCCUCUCUUCAUCAAACCAGCCUGCGAGGGAUCCUCAAAAGGGAUCUAUCCCUUCAGCAAAGUCACCAGCCCCUCCGAACUCGAGAACGGUGUCAAGAAGCUCCAAGCGCGAUUCUUAGGACAAAGCAUCCUGGUGGAGAAAUAUCUGACCGGAAACGAGUACACGGUCAGUCUGCUGGGGACGGGCAAUUCUGCAAAAGUCCUUGGCUCGCUUCAAGUCAACUGGUCGAAUCCCGCUGACGGCGGCUUCUACACCGUCUCUAACAAGAACGAGCAGGGUAAUGAACAUCUGGACCAAUUUGUGGAUGCUCACAAUAACCCUGAGGUCCAAGCAGCUGAGGAUCUAGCCCUGCGGACAUGGCACGCGCUGGAGUGUUGCGAUGUUGGGCGAGUGGAUGUUCGAUUUGGGGCGAAUGGAAAGCCAUAUGUUUUGGAGCUCAAUCCACUUCCUGGGCUGCGUCCGCAAUGGUCUAGCCUGGUCCAAACCGCCGAGUACCACAAAAUCAGUCAUGAGGUACUCUUGGGGAGAAUUGUUGAGAGCUCCUUGCAAAGAUAUCCAAGUUUGCGUGAGAAACAAAGUGAGAAAUAG